UCCCCCCCCAAAAAUCUCCACAGCACAGCACACUCAACACCCCCAACAUCCAGCAACAAAACCAAACCAAACCAAAAAAAAAAAUGUCGUGCAACCUCCUCACCAACCCCUCCUUCGAAACCGGCACCUUAUCGCCGUGGUUCACCACCGUCCCCAAUGUGAACAUCGCCACCAUCACGAACGCGACCGCCGCCUACGAUGGGCAUUAUUACCUCGACCUCAAAACCGACUACGGCAACAGAGGCCACUCGAUCGCGCAGACGGUGACGGGCCUCCAGCGCGGCACGGUGUAUGACUUCUCGGCGCAGAUCCAGAUCCCGGCACCCUCGGGGGUGGAGUACUGUUUUGUGGACGCGUAUAUCGGGGCGAAUGCGACGACGGGGCUCAUUGUCUCGCAGCUGUUGGAGCCCACGGGCGAGUGGACGACGGUCAGUGGGUCGUAUAAGCGGCGGGGGCGGCGGGCGGAGGAUGUGUUGACGGUGACGGGGUCGUGUACGUCGCCGGGGAGUUCGUAUGUUUGGGAUGUGUUGGUUGAUGCGGUUGUUCUUGAGGCGGUGGGAGGGUGUGUUUGAUUGAUGAUGGGGUUGUCGGGCUGGGUUUGUGGGUGAUUGAUGGUGAUGGGCUGGGCUGGGGGUUUGGGGGAGGGAGGGGGUGUACUGGGGAUCUAGUUGAGGGCAUGUUUUGGAUGUAUUGGGAUGUUUGGACCUAGGAUUUAAUGCGAUGGAUGUAACUAUCUGCUGCUGGUGCAAUGGACUAUGCGAGAGAGUUACGGAGGG